AAUCAGCCUUUGAUGACGUGUCCAGCUUCCAGAGGCACCGUUAGGUACGUUGAGAAAUGCCCACUGGACGAAUUUGAAUGGCUAAAUGCUGCGUUGAGGAAAAACUGCUCAAAGAUCUCCCAAAAUUGUUCAAGUAAUGACGAGUUCCUCUACCAUUGUCUCAUCAAUUCUUGGGAAAAUGCGACAUUAGAAGUUUGUGCGAGAAGAGUCAAUAUAAUAGGUAAGUGUGCAGAAUACAAUUUUGAGGGGGCUGUUGUUCAGGAACACAUGAAUGCUGACUGCAAAAAUUUUGACAAUCCAUGUCCAGACGUUUAUCUCUCUGAUACAGCUUAUUUGUAUCAGGAAUGUUACAAAAUCGUCAAAAGAAAACAUUCUACUGAUACCCCUCCCGUCAUAAAUGGGUUUCCUAAAGGAAAAGAAAGAAAGAAAGAAAAGGAUAUGUUUAUAAACUCAGAGGGAGUCUUUGUUGUUGCUGCUAUUAUAAACAUAAUUGUUGUUGAAGAUGCUUCAGGCAGGAGGCAGGGAAAUGUAGGCCAUUAA